AUGCUGUUGACCUCCACGGCCUUGAUUCUGCUUUCAGCAGCCACCGUGAGCGCUGUGCCGUCGGCAAUACACAUCACUCACGAACGGCGUAAUAUCCAAAGCCAUCGUCACUGGGAGAAGCGCAGUCGCCUCGAGCCGCACGAUGUUAUCCCCUUGCGGAUCGGCCUGAGCCAACGCAAUUUGGAUCAAGGUCACGAUCUUCUCAUGGACGUAUCAGACCCCAAUUCGGAGAAUUAUGGCAAGCAUUGGACGGCAGAGCGAAUAACAGAAAUUUUUUCACCAUCACAUGAUUCGAUUGAAGCGAUUAGAGAAUGGCUCAUAGGCUCAGGUAUCUCUGAAGACAGAAUCAACCAUUCACUAGGUUACGAGUGGGUUCAUUUUGAUGCCACAGCCCAAGAGGCAGAAGAACUGCUUCAGACCGAGUACCACGAGUUCCAGCAUGGAUCGGAGUCUCGUAGUACUAUUGCUUGUGAUGAAUAUAAGAUACCUAGCCAUCUUGCAAGACAUAUUGACUUUGUCUACCCUGGCGUCGCUCUUGCUGGGAGUAUGAAGAAGAGAUCCAUGAAGCGGGAUACACGUAUAGAAGAUCAACUCGUCACACGGGAUGCCUUUGACAAGCGAGCAGAUGCUGGUCCGUGUGAUGACCUGGACUUCAUCACACCAGCCUGCAUACAAUAUAUUUACAGUGUGCCCAAGGGGGGCAAGAAGGCUCCUGAAAAUUCUCUAGGCAUGUUCGAAACUGGAUCUUGGUAUAGCCCAACUGCACUCAAGUCAUUCCUAGCCAAUUACACGGAUAUCCCGCCAGAAACCACACUUUUAAACAUUACUAUUGACAUCUCUGUAGCCCAUUUCGACCAGUCUAACGAUGGCGGCGAAGCAGACUUGGAUGUUCAAAUGGCAUUGCCAUUGGUUUAUCCACAGAAUAUAACGGUAUAUCAAGUUGAUGACGACUAUUAUACCUCAUUUGGACGUGACACGCACAGGGGAAUGUUCCAGAGCUGGCUGAAUGCUAUUGACGGCUCAUAUUGCAACUACACAGCAUUUGGCGAGACUGGAAAUGACCCCGAGGUCGACCCAACGUAUCCCGACAAUAACCAGGAUCCCAGCAAUCCAGAUGGGGGAAUUCCCACCGGUUGGUACAGAGGACUUCCCCAAUGUGGAACAGCCAAAAGAGCGAAUGUAUAUUCUCUAUCAUAUGGGUGGGAGGAAGAACUGCUCCCAUAUAAUUAUAUGCAUAGACAAUGCAACGAGUUUAUGAAGUUAUCGCUCAUGGGAACUACGAUUGUUUCAUCUACAGCAGACCUUGGCUCGGCGUCAGCCAACUUCUGUGAUACUGUAGACAUUGACUUUUACCACGCCGUCUCGCAAUAUCCUGCAAAUUUUGGCAGCUGCCCAUAUAUCCUCACUGUUGGUGCUACCCAACUCCUCCCUGGCCUUGAGGAAGUUGGUCUAAAUCUGGGUUGGUUUGCUUCUGCUGGCGGCUUUUCUUGGAACUACUCUCGCCCGGCUUAUCAAGAUAAGGCUGUCCAAAAUUACCUGAAUAACCAUCAAGACCUCGAUCGUGACCGUUUCAAUGACCAAGGUCGCGGUUUCCCCGAUGUCGCCGCGUUGGGAUGGAAUGUUCUCACUGUCUACGGCCCUGGAUCAGAAAAAGAAGCUCAAGGCGGAACUAGUGCAUCGGCGCCAAUUGUUGCAGCCUUGAUCAACCGCAUCAACGACGAAAGGCUAUCAGUGGGAAAAUCGACAGUGGGCUUUGUGAAUCCAGUGCUUUAUGAGAAUCCGCAGAUGUUUAAUGAUGUGACAAAGGGGAAUACAUCGAUAUGUGACUCUGUGGCAUUCGAGGCAGCAGAAGGCUGGGACCCAAUUACGGGACUGGGCACACCAAACUAUGCAAAGAUGCUGGAUGUAUUUAUGAAGCUACCAUAA